AUGGAAGGAACAGUAUCACGGACAGAUGCCGCGCCAGCAAGGCAACACUCCAAUGGCGCGACCGCCGUCGAGCGCCGGACAAACCUCUUGACCAAGUCGGAGCGCGACAAGCUGAAGCGCCGCAAAGAGGCCGAUCAGUCCUACGGCCGCGGCAAAAAGGUCAACCUCAAGACGGUACGCGACAAGAAGCUCCGCGGCAGCAUGAAGCGCCUCGAGGGCAAGUUCGAGACGGCCGCCCUGCGCGCCCGCGACGCCGAGAUUCUGCUCGAGAAGACAAGCGGCUUCCUCGAGCCCGAGACGGAGCUGGAGAGGACCUACAAGGUCCGCCAGCAGGACAUCAUCGAGGAUGUGGCCGUGUCGACGGCGCAGAAGCGGUUCGAGCUGAAGCUCGACCAGCUGGGACCCUACGUUGCCGAGUACUCGCGCAACGGCAGGGACCUGCUGAUGGCGGGGCGAAAGGGCCACAUCGCGACGAUGGACUGGCGCGAGGGCAAGCUGGGGUGCGAGCUGCAGCUGGGCGAGACGAUCAGGGACGUCAAGUGGCUGCACAACAACCAGUUCUUCGCCGCGGCGCAGAAGAACUACGUCUACAUCUACGACAAGGACGGUGUCGAGCUGCACUGCCUGAAGAAGCACCGCGAGGUCACGCACAUGGAGUUCCUGCCCUACCACUUUCUCCUCUGCACAAUGGCCACCAACGGCUGGCUCAAAUACCAAGACACGUCAACGGGCCAGAUUGUCACGGAGCUCCCCACGAAACUCGGUCCCCCGACGGCCAUGACGCACAAUCCCUACAACGCCAUUAUCCACGCCGGCCACCAGAACGGCACAGUCACCCUCUGGUCACCAAACUCCCACGACGCCGUCGUCAAGCUGCUGGCGCACCGCGGCGCCGUGCGGUCGGCGGCCGUCGACCGCGAGGGCCGCUACAUGGUGACGACGGGCCAGGACUGCAAGAUGGCCAUCUGGGACAUUCGCAUGUUCAAGGAGGUGCACCAGUACUUCACGCGGCAGCCGGCGUCGUCGGUGGCCAUCUCGGAGACGGGCCUCACGGCCGUGGGCUGGGGCACGCAGACGACUGUCUGGAAGGGCCUCUUCUCCAAGCACGCGCCGACGCAGGAGAAGGUGCAGAGCCCCUACAUGACGUGGGGCGGCGAGGGCAAGCGCGUCGAGCGCGUGCGCUGGUGCCCCUUUGAGGACACGCUCGGCAUGGGCCACGACGAGGGCUUCUCGUCCAUCAUUGUGCCCGGCGCCGGCGAGGCCAACUUUGACGCCCUCGAGGUCAACCCGUUCGAGACGGCCAAGCAGCGCCAGGAGGCUGAGGUCAAGGGCCUUCUCAACAAGCUGCAGCCCGAGAUGAUUGCCCUCGACCCCAACCUCAUCGGCAACCUCGACCUGCGCUCCGACAAGCAGCGCCGCGCCGACAAGGACCUCGACGCCAAGCCCGAGAACGUCGAGGAGGAGAUCCGCAACCGCGCCAGGGGCAAGAACGGCGCCCUCAAGAAGUACCUGCGCAAGCAGCGCAAGAAGAACAUCAUCGACGAGAAGAGGAUGAAGGUCGACGAGAUUUGGAACGAGCAGCAGAAGCUCAGGGAAAAGAAGACGCAAGAGGUCGAGGCCGACCUCGGCCCGGCGCUGUCGAGAUUCGUCAGGAAAGCGUAG